AUGGCUGAGAGGUCGAGGACGAAGUUUUCUCGAUGUCCAGAUACAGCACUGACUGGCAGUCGAUCUUCGCGAUACAAGCGCGUGAGACAAGAGAACCAUACCGGAUUUCCUCACACCAGUACAUCUCUAGACGACUUCGGAAAUAUAGUUUUGGAAGAUGCAUUCCAAAGGGAGGUCACAGAAAAGACGAAUGCGUACCUGAUAGGUAAACAGGAUGCGGAGAACGAGGUGUAUAUAGACCACGCGAUUGCGACGGAAGGGAGCAGAGACAAGGCCCUGUUGUAUAUUAUCGACGAACUAAAGAACGAGGAACGGGAGUCUGUAAGAAAGCUUUUAGAGAACGGUGCCUGGCCAAGCGUCAGAAACAGAAUAGGGCAGCUGCCGUUCUACACAGCUUUUGAUAACAGAAAUGAUGAAAUUGCGUCCAUGCUUAUACUUCACAUGAAGAACUAUGAGGUACGGUCGAUGUUUUCAAGUUCUGGACCAAAUGAAUCAGAGUUUAGCUUCCAAGAUCUACUACGAUCUGAAAAAAUGGAGAAUACAGUAAUGUCUGUCCUGAACUGUAUGAUAGAUCUGAUUGGUACAGAUGGGAAAGCUAAUGUCUUCUUCCACGUACUAGAGAGCGAUGAAAAUGGGCAUAGUCCAGUCCAUCAGAACUUUGAAAUAAAAGACAAAUCACCCUUCCAAAUAAUUGCAAAAAGCGAGAACAAGACGAUAGUUAACCACGACGUCAUGAGACUACUUAUACGAAGGAAAUGGAAACACUUCGCGAGAAUGCGUUUCCUUGUAAAUGCAGUCUUCUUCAUGUCCACACUAUUUUGUGUGGCUUUCUCUGCCAUCACUGCGGCCAAGACUGCCAACCCCCUGGUAUAUGACGAUCACAUGGACAGGGCACGUGCAGUAUGUGAGGUUCUCAGUGUGAUCGCCGCCGUCAUAACGCUUUUCCAGGAAAUCCAUCAUAUAAUCAAACACAAACUUGAGUAUUUCAAAGAGAAAUUUAACUACCUGGAAUUGGCGUCAUCAUUGUUCCUACUUAUCCUGAUUCCGCUCCGCUUCACAAACAACAGCAACCAAUGGCAAAUACACUCUGUGGUAUUCCUCUUAUGGACUCUCCGUAUAUUCAAAUAUGCAUCGGUGUUCAGACAUACUGGAGCUUACGCGCAGAUCCUGGUUCGAGUAAUAAUGAAUGACUUCUUCCAGUUCAUGGUGGUAUUCGCUGUAUUUCUAAUGGUCUUCAGUGGGACGCUUCUCCUCGCCCUAAGAGGCGGCUCUCAAUCAGUCGUUAUAGAUGAUACAAGUUCUUUCUGGGCAAUCUUGUUUCUUGGCUUCCGGAUACUGAUAGAAUCAGAGAAGGUCAUAGAGUACACAAGCAUCGAUGGCUGGAGCUGUUUUGUCGUGGUGCUGUUCCUGUUUUGCUGUAUCGUGUUACUAUUAAACCUACUGAUCGCCCAGUUAAGUGACACAUACCAACAUAUACAGAAUGAUGCUCAAAGGGGGCUGGAGGUCAACCGAGCUUGGAUCGUGGCCAGGAUAGAGCUCAGGAGCAUGUUAAUUAAACGUAAACUGAGAGUAAAGUUUUUCCAAAAGAAAAAAGAAGUGAAGGAUAUCCACAAAGUACUGGAAAAAUGGGAGUCACCUCCUUUACAAGAAAUGAACAAGAAUAUGCAAAAUAUCGACGAAUGCCUUGGAACUCAUAAACUUAAUCUGGUAUCAGUGUCAGCUCGCCUGGCGAGACAAGAGCGAACUCUUGUCAGAAUACAGGAAACGCUUGAUGCGCUAUCGAAGCGAAUGGUUCCCGAAUGGACAACUAACAAUAUCAACAAUGAAUUAUCUGUUAAUGAUGACGUCACUUCCUUAGGAAUCAAAGACAACAAGCAUGUCCAGAAUCGUCAUUCGUCAAGUAAAGUCAACGAAAACGACAAUGAUCAAAAUGAUACAGGAGAUGUAGAAAUCAAAGACAGUGACCAAGUGACAUUUACGUUAUCAUCAACACUAUUGGCUGUCUAAAGAAUUGCCACCCUAGAAAUGAGAGAGAGAGAGAGAGAGAGAGAGAGAGAGAGAGAGAGAGAGAGAGAGAGAGAGAGACUCACAGAGUUGCAUUUUACUACAUGCAAAUGCAGAAGUACUUGUGCAUACCGCUUAUGUGAUUUAAAGGAAGGACAGAAAAAGGUCAAAUGUCAGUAAUUCAUUAAAAGAACUAUAUUAUAAAUAUUAUAAUAUGACAGGCUAUAAUUCCAGGAUAGGUUUCCAAUCUAUCCAGUUACUUUAAAGCUUUUAUCUUGUGUUGACGUUUUGUUUUACUUUUGCUUAUAUGUUCUGGACAAGUAAAUCGUUUUUGAUGACUUGAUAUGUCAAAGGACUCAAAGGGAUUAGAAAUUGUAUUUGUUUUGAAAUGAAAAGUGUUCGUUACUGGAAUAGUGGUAGCAAUUAUAGUAUUCUAAUAUAUUCUGACAUUUAUCAAUACACUGUAUCAAACUCAAA